AUGGCACCACGAAAGAUCAUAGACAGCCACAUCCAUCUCUGGCCCAAGGAAACCAGUAACGAAACUGGCCAUGCCUGGAUGACACCACCUGAUAUGGCAUUAGCGAAACCGCAUCUACUGAAAGACUACUUCGCCGUCGCCGACGGUCACCAAGAUGUCGAAGUCCAAGGUGUGAUCUACGUUGAGACUGAUGUACGAUACGACGCUCCGAAUGGCGAUGUGGCAUCCUGGGCUAAAGGACCGUUGGAUGAGAUCAGCUUUUUGAGGGCGACUGUAGAGGGGAAAUACGAUGUUAGAGAUAAGUAUCUGGCUUUGGCGGAGGAGCGAGCGGGUCCGCAGGUCUGGGAGCGAGUGAAAGGGUUUCGAUUCCUGCUGCAAUUCAUUUCAGAUCAAGCUGUUUUCGGGAGGCUUGUCCUCGGGCAAGACUUCCAGGAUAAUCUCAAAUUACUCGGCAAGCGGGGCUUCUCUUUUGACGUGGGAGUUGAUCAACACCGUGCCGGUACUUGGCAGCUCACAUUAAUGGCGAAAGCCGUUGAGAUGGCUCAUGCUGGUGUACCAAUAGAGGAGAAGGUCACUUUCAUCCUCAACCAUCUAUGCAAGCCCGACUACGGCGAAACCAAAUGGACGUCUGGGAAGGAUUCGUUGUCGAGGCGAGCAUUCACCGCAUGGUGUGACGCUAUCGAACUCUUAGCAAAGCAGGACGAAACGUACAUGAAGCUGUCUGGACAAUUCAGCGAGAUGCCAUCAACCCAGGGAACCUUGCGCGAUCUCGCCGAUACUUGCCAUCCCUGGAUCGAGCACGUGCUGAAGUGUUUUGGGCCCAAGCGAGUGAUGUUCGGAAGCGAUUGGCCUGUUUGCAAUGUCUCUGGACCAAGUGGUGAGAAGUCAUGGGUGGUGUGGAGAGGUUUUGUUGAGGCGUCACUUGAUGGGCCGGAGCACGCGCUCAGUAAUGAAGAUCUGGAUUGGAUCUGGCAUAAGACGGCUACUGAAGCAUAUCGUCUGCGCUGA